AUGAAGUCCACCAACGGAGGCGACUCGCCGCCCGAAAAGGACAGUACCAAAUAUGGUCCCGACGCCGACAUUGAGCGCCUCCAGCACGAGGGCUCCUCCAUUGCCGAGGGUCACGUCCAGCAGGACCGGCUCAAGCGCGCCCUCUCUGCCCGCCAGGUGCAGAUGAUUGCCAUUGGCGGCACCAUUGGCACGGGUCUGUUCCUGGGCACGGGCAAGUCGCUGGCCACCGGCGGGCCGGCGUCGAUGCUCAUUUGCUACGCCAUUGUCGGCGCCAUCGUGUUCAUCACCAUGCUCUCCUUGGGCGAGAUGUCGGCGUUUAUCCCCGUCGCGGGCAGCUUCUGCACGUUUGCGAGCCGCUUUGUCGACGACGCUUUCGGAUUCGCCCUCACCUGGAACUACUGGUUCAACGACGCCGUUUCCACCGCCUCCGACCUCGUGGCCCUACAGCUGCUCCUCGACUACUGGCACACGAAUUUCCCGGGUCUCGCCUUCAGCCUGAUCUUCUGGGUCGUCCUCAUCGCCGCCAACAUCAUAACCGUGCGCGCCUAUGGCGAGCUAGAAUAUUGGCUGUCGUUGCUCAAGAUCCUGACCAUCAUCGCCUUCAUCUUUGUCGGCAUCGCCGUCAAUGCUGGCGGCAACACUGAGCACCACUAUAUCGGUGGCGAAAACUGGCACCUUCCUGGCGCGCCCUUUGUUGGCGGCAUCGGCGGUUUUGCGUCUGUGUUUGUGACGGCGAGCUUUGCGUAUGGCGGUACCGAGUCCAUUGCCAUUACGGCGGGCGAGACCAAGAACCCCAGCAAAAACAUGCCGCGGGUCGUCAAGAAUGUUUUCUGGCGCAUAUUGCUCUUCUACAUCCUCUCGAUUCUCCUCAUCGGUCUCAACGUGCCCUACACCAGCGACGGCCUCAAGAACAAGGACUCGCGCACGUCGCCUUUUACCCUCGUCUUCCAGAUGGCGGGUGCAGAAGUCGCGGGCAGUGUCAUCAAUGCGGUUGUGAUUACCAGUGUGUUGUCGGCCGGAAACCACGCCUUGUUUGCGGGGUCCCGUCUGUUGUACACGCUGGCGAUGCAGGGCCAUGCGCCGCGGGUCUUUGCGCGUCUCAACAAGGGCCAGGUGCCGUGGGUCGCAGUUCUCGCCACCAGCUUCAUUGCCGGUCUGUGCUUCGGCUCUAGCUUUAUCGGGGCAGGCCAGCUCUGGGCAUGGCUACAAAACAUCGUCGGAGUAUCCAAUCAGCUCAGCUGGAUCUCCAUUGGCAUCGCCUCCAUCCGUUUCCGCAGCGGCCUCGAAGCCCAGGGCAAAACACAUUUACUGCCUUUUAAAAACUGGACAUAUCCGUGGGGACCCUGGUGCUCCGUGAUCCUCAACAGCUUUCUUGUGCUGGUGCAGGGCUGGACCUCCUUCAAGGACGGCUUCCACGCUGUCGACUUUGUCAGUCUGUACGUUGAGCUACCCGUCAUGCUCAUCAUGUUUUUGGUAUGGAAAUUCCUCAAGAAGACCAAAUUCGUCAAGGCGGAAGAGAUGGACCUCGAGACGGACGUUUACAAGCCCGAAGUGGAGGAGGAAGACUUUUCGCCCGCGUGGCGGUCGAGAGGGAGAAAGGUGCUCAAUUGGCUGUUUUAG